AAUGAUGAUUUAUACAAAAAUUUUAUAUUUUUAUUACAUUAAACCACAAUUAAUUAUUUAUGUUGAAAACUAAAAAUUUUAUAAAUAUAAAAUAAAUAAAACACAUGUAGUUAAAGAGGAAGUAUGUUGUAAAACUUAAAAAAGAAACGAUGGUUAAAAAACGAGGAAUUGUGUGGAACUACUAUAAUAAAAAAAUGUUAGGAUCUCAAGUGAUUGCAUUUUGUAAGUUUUGUAAUCAAUCAUACAUUCAAAAUGCUACUCGUAUGGAACGACAUAUGGAAAAAUGUCCAAAGUGCCCAGAAGAUGUCAGACAACAAUUUAUACAAGUAGCUCAUAACAAGAGGCAUAAAGCUAAUAAUCAUGACAAUAAAAUGAACGAUGGAUGGCCAAAACAAGAAUCUUCGGUAGAUCAGAACAUUACAGAUACAGAGUUAGAAGAUUUAGAUGAUUGGAAUUAUAAGAAUCAGUCAUAUUUAGUUGAUACAUCUAAUGCAAUACAGCAAAAUAUGGAUUUAGUAAUGCAUAAUAAUGAACAAAAUUGGGUAAAUCAGGAUAAUGCGGUUAAAAAUCAUGAUACAGAUACAAGAUUAGUUAGUAGGAAUUGGGAAACAAGUGAAAAUGAUACAGAAACAAUUGCAGCUGCUGGAUCUCAAGAACAAUCAAGUUCAGUUCACCAAAGAAAGUCAUAUAAUCCUAGAAGAAUAUCAGCUGUUUCUUCUGUACAAACGUCAGAUUGUUUACCCUUGCAAAAUAAAAUAUAUCAAGAACAGUUAUUAGAAAGACGUGCCUUAAGAAGAGCUGCAGAAUUAGAAGUACAGCGUAAAGCCUUGGAACUAGAAAGAUUUCAAUGGGAAUAUGAGAGAGAUAAACUUCAAACUGAAGUUCGUUGGGCUCAUGAAACUCGUAUGAUGCAACUUAAAGAAGAACGGGAAAGGCAUUUGACUGAACAGAGUAGAAUAAAGACAGUUUCACAUAUAGUCUAAUUGUAAAUAAUGAAUUUUACCUAUUGAUAAUGAAUAAUACCAUUAUAUUCUUGCAUAAUAAUCUGAAACGUUUUUAUACUCAAGAUUAUUCUUAAUCAAAUAUGAGUAGAUGAUAAAGAGAAUGUAAAAUAAUAUAUUAUCCAUUUAGAAUGAAAUAUAAUUCCUUUUUAUAUUUGUAAAAGGAAGUAUUUUGUAUAUAUAUUUUAUGUAAUAUUUUCAAGCGGUAUAUUAAACAGGAUAUUUAAUUCCAACAAAAUGUGAAAACUCACAAAUAGCAUUAUAAAGAGUUAUUGAGUAUAUAUUUAAAAAACUUAAACAUUUUCAAUUCCAAAUACAUUUGAGCAUAAAUAUUUAGAUUUUGUAAUUCAAAUUUUAAUCACUAUAAAUUACAUAUAUAUAAUAACUUGU